AUGCCAUCCGAUACCAUUUCGGAGACCUCACCGGAUAGUGGGACUCACAAGGAGUCAAGUAAGGAUGCUGUGUUUGUGUGCAACCGGUCAGGCUGCGGUCGCACGUAUGGAAAGCGGGAGCAUCUACAGCGUCACGAGCGAAGCCAUGCGCGCGACUUCAAAUAUGAGUGCCCUAUUUGCAAGAAGCGGUUCGUUCGAAGGGAUGUGAUGACCAGACACCAUGCCCUUCACGAAAAUCGACCCAGAAAGCCGCGUAAAGUGGCCUGUGUUUCGUGCGUGUCCCUCAAAACCCGUUGCGACAGGGAGCAGGGAACCAGCUGUAGUCGUUGCCGUGCAUCUGGACGAGAAUGUGUAUUACGGAGCGACGAGACUGCUCAGAAUCAGGAUAGUCAAACGCCUAAUCUGGAAGGUCAUGCCAGCUUGGGUAGUGUCAGCGAGGCGUCUCCGUCAAUAAGCCUGACGCAGACCGUGGACGGCAGUGUUCGUCAGCCACCGGCAGCGAUCCCAUCCUUAGUUGAUCUCGCCCCGAUAACAUUUGAUUCACUGUGUGGGCUUGCAGCAGAUCCUUCUGAAAGCCUCUUCGGAUGGGAUAUUGGAGACAUCGAAUCGGACAACGUUGAUUUUCUCAACAUGUCUCCCCUAAACUGGUUUCGCUCUGCCAAUGACGCGCCAUCAAAUUUGACCGAACCGCUGUCGGCAUCCGACUCUGUUGAUCUCCCGUCUGAAUCAAGGCUCAUUCGUGAUGCGCAGCCGCCAGAUACGCCAUGGCCUCAUGUCUAUCGUCCGAACGAAAUCGACAGCCAACUCAGCCUCCCUCCUGUUGUUCAACACAUGACAACCAUCUUUCAAGAUACUAGCCUCGAGUGUGUUAACGAGUCAACUCGUCAGGCAAUGAUAACACUAGUGAACACCACCAACAACCACAACUGGCCUGUGGUGGAUGUUUCGCUGUUACCAUCUACCCGAACGCUGUCUCUGUGCAUAAAUCUCUACUUUCGCCACUUUCAUGACACUCUUCCUAUACUUCGACGCUCCAAUAUGCAGAUCGCCGACACGCCGCCAAUUUUGCUAUUGGCCAUGGCUGCCAUUGGUGCCAUGUACUCACGGGACAAGUACGGCGGUCUUGCUAUUGCACUCAACGAGCUGGCACGUAGGGUGAUAGUCUAUACUCGCGAAAAUGACCAGCGAGCCAUGUUUGACACUUCAUUUACGCAGGCAUCUCUGUUGCAGUCAAUGUUUGGCCUGUUUUGUGGAUCAAGAAUGUUGUAUCAGCACGCCGAGAUCAGCAGAGGCAGCCUGGUAACGGCUGCCAGGAGAAUGCAUCUGCUCCGGCCAAGCUUGUCGUUUGCCAAGGAGCUUCAAAGACGGGAAGAUGGAGUUAGCGAGCAAGAGUUGCAGAAGGCGCAAGCCGAUGACGAGGAACGGAGGAAUCUGGGCUGGGGGAUAUAUCUCUACGACAUGCAGAUAUCUGCGCUUCUAGGCGUGGCACCUCUUCUGUCGGUAGGCGAGAUUAACGUUCCGUUGCCAGUGGAUGAUGAGGAACGAAAGGCCCAGCGCGUAUCGUCUGACUGGCCCUCCGCUCAAGACGAGCCCAAUUUUCGAACGGUAUUGGAAUCUCUACUUUCGAGUGGAAAGCUACCACAACCGCUGAGCUCGUUUGGCUUGUCCAUAGUUGCACAUACCCUCUACAGACUAUGCACAGAUGCAGCAGCAUUUGAUUCGGUAUUGCUGUCGCCUAGGCCAUCCCACGACAACCCCUAUCGCCUGGCUUUUCCUUCGACGUUUAAAUAUAACCCCCAGCAGCUUCUGGACAAACUCUCUGCAUCAUGCCAUUCGCUGCCGAAUAAACCCAACGCUCUUAUACUCAGUGUAACCGCGCUUUCACACCUGGGCCAUAUCCAAUUCACAUGGCCCAACUUCCUUCAAAACAUCAAGGUGGCUGCGGGGAAGUCGGGGACGGAUGAGAGCAAAGCAGACGCUAGAGAAUGGAUACAAGCUCGGAUUGAAGAGGAACCGGUUAUUACGAGGUCUAUACUUGUACAAGCGGGACAACUAAGCACCUUGCUAUCGAGAUAUAUCUUUGACUCGCCAGCGGAGACGAUAUUAACAUUUGACGUUGCUCUCACUUUUUGGGCCAUCACCAAGCUCUCAAGUAUUGUGACUGAGUCGAAUGGUGGCGGACGGCGGGCUACGAUAACUUGGUCGGACAGCAGCGCUACGAGUGAUUGGAUACAGCAAGGGGGAGACGUGUCGUUCCAGGCCCUCGGAAGCUUGUCUGACUUGACGAGUUCGAGGGUUUUGUCUAUAUUUAUCGAAAGGCUGGAGAGCAUGUCAUGGGGCAUUGCGCAGCGAUUUAAGCACGUAUUACUGAGCCUGCAAAGGGAAGAAUAG